CUUCCCCUUUUGUCUUCUGUCCUCCCGGUUAUACAUAUUUGGUUCCUCCAAUCUCUCCUGAUAUGUUUUGUCCCUCAGACCUUUUUUGCUUCCCAAAUUGUCAACCAACAUCAGCCUAGAAAACUCCAGAAAUGCAGGUAGGGGAUAAUGGGAAGUGUGCUGCAUUGGAUGAGGAUGAUGGAAGUUAUAAUUCAGGGUAUCUGGAAAACACCUUCAGGAAGCCUGUUCAGUCAGAGAGGUUUUCCUUUUCUCCCUGUCUCUCUGUCUCUCUCACACACAUACACAUCUCUACCACCCCCAAUAGCUCCUCCAGUGGUCUAUUAAACAAGACCUGUCAGAGCUAGUAACCAGCAUUUGGUUAAGGCGUGUGCCUGCCUUCCAGAAGAGCUCCUUUCCCCUUUAUAUUAUUUACAGGUGAAAUAGGAAUGGUGUUGUUUGCCGAUCUGCUUGCUUAAUUGACUGAAGGCAGCUAAAGAUCAAAUGCAAGAGAAGGAUGGCAAUAUUUGGUGUAUUAAUACCUGUCUUCCUGAUUUGCUCUCCUCUUGGUGACUCCUGCCGGACCCCUGAUGACUUUGUGGGUGCCAGUUCUCCUGGAGAUAUUGUCAUUGGAGGCUUGUUUGCUAUUCAUGGCAAAAUGUUACAUUCUGGAGAGAAGCCCCUCAAACCUAUGAUUGCCAGUUGUGCUGGCUUUGAAGUUCAAGUGUUUCUUCAGAGUCUUGCGAUGGUCCAUGCCAUAGAAAUCGUCAACAAUUCUCCUCUUCUACCAGGAAUUAAACUAGGCUAUGAAAUCUAUGACACUUGUGCAGAAGUGACCAGGGCAAUGGCUGCAGCUUUGAGGUUCCUGUCCAAGUUUAAUGCUUCCAAAGACCUUGUAGAAUUCAGAUGCAACUAUUCAGAUUACACACCCCGAGUAAAAGCUGUCAUAGGAGCCACUUAUUCGGAAGUGUCUAUGUCAGUUGCAAGAAUAUUGAAUUUGCAGCUAAUACCACAGGUCAGUCAUGCAGCCACUGCAGAAAUCCUUAGCGACAAAGUGCGUUUUCCUUCUUUCCUGCGCACAGUGCCCAGCGAUUCCUAUCAAACCAAAGCAAUGGCACGAUUAAUCCACAAAUCAGGAUGGAACUGGAUUGGAAUCAUCGCCACUGAUGAUGACUUUGGGCGACUCGCUGUGGAAAGCUUUGGGUUACAGGCCAUGGCCAACAACGUCUGCAUUGCCUUUAAAGAAAUGUUGCCAGCUUAUCUCUCGGACAGCACAAUCCAUGGCAAAAUUAAUCAAGCGCUUGAGAAGAUUGUCAAGGAAACCAGGGUAAAUGUCAUCGUUGUCUUUCUGAGGCAAUUCCACGUAAUGAGACUUUUCAGAAAAGCAAUAGAAAGGAACAUAAAUAAGACCUGGAUUGCAAGUGAUAACUGGUCAGCGGCUGUGAAGAUUAGCACCCUUCCAAAUAUCAGUCGCCUGGGGAAAGUGGUUGGAUUUACAUUCAAAAGUGGCAACAUGUCCUCUUUCCAUGAGUUUUUGAGCAAUCUCCCGACCACACCCAGGGGCAAGAACAAAUUUUUAAGGGAAUAUACAAAGCUAAUGUCAACAUGCUCCCAUAUAAAUGAUCAAGAUCUGAGUAAGUGCAUUUCAAACCAUUCAGCAGAGAGUUUGGUCCAAAAUCAGACUCGCCCAAUUAACAGCCUUUGGCGAGAGGAAUUUCUCAUUGCCAAUAUUGAACCAGGAUUUAUCCACAGCACCAUGCUGGCAGUGCAUGCCAUUGCCAAGGCCAUUCAGAAACAGUGCAAGGACAGAGACUGCAAAGAUCCAUAUGCUUUCUCACCUUGGGAGUUGCUCGAGAUACUUAAAGAGAUAAAGUUCACUGAUAAUGAACGGGCUGUCUAUUUUGACUCUCAUGGAGACAUUAUCACAGGGUAUGAUGUCCUGCUCUGGAAGGAAAUUGAUGGAAGAGUGGUGAUUACCAACAUGGGAGAGUAUGACUUGGAAAAAGAUGACUUCAUCUUUGCAGAUAAAGAAGAUGAAAUUGAAUUCAUGAAUCUAAAGAUAUGGAUUACUGCAUUUUAUGCAACAACCGAACCCACUGGGCCCCAGUGAACAGCUCAACCUGCUACAGGAAGAUGGUUCAAUACCUCAACUGGAAUGACUGGUUUGCUGUUUUGUUAGUGGUGCUCUCUGCCCUUGGAAUUGUGUUGAUUGGUGCCAUUUUCAUAAUAUUUACUCGAAAUGUGGACACGCCUGUCGUAAAGGCAUCAGGUGGCCUAACUGUAUGCUACGUUAUACUCCUCUGUCAUUUCCUGGCUUUUGUUAGCUCAAGCUUAUUCAUUGGCCAACCCAAAGCCUAUAAAUGCAAACUAAGACAAGCUCUCUUUGGCAUUAGCUUUGCCCUCUGCAUUUCAUGCAUUUUGAUUAAAUCCCUGAAAAUCUUGCUGGCUUUCAGUUUCGAUCCCAAGUUACAAAAAUGGCUGAAGGGCCUCUACAGGCCCAUCCCCAUAGUGUCUUUUUGCACAGGGAUUCAGAUCUUGAUUUGUUCGGUCUGGAUCACUGUGAGAAGCCCUUUCGUGCAGGAGAACUUCUCCAUCAGGAGAGUUAUCAUCCUGGAAUGCAAUGAAGGUUCAGGAGUGGCCCUUGGCAUCAUGUUAGGAUACAUUGCCCUCCUCGCAUUCAUCUGCUUUAUCUGUGCUUUUAAAGGCAGGAAACUCCCUGAAAACUACAACGAGGCAAAAUUCAUUACCUUUGGCAUGCUCAUCUAUUUCAUUGCAUGGAUUAUAUUCAUCCCGGUCUACACAACCACUUUUGGCAAGUACUUGCCCGCGGUUGAAAUCAUUGUCAUUUUAAUAUCAAACUAUGGGAUCUUGUGCUGUACUUUCUUCCCCAAGUGCUACAUCAUCCUGUAUAAGCAAGAAGCGAAUACUAAAUCUGCCUUCCUUAAAAUGUUGUACAAUUACUCUUCCAAGAGUGCAGGGAGUAUCAGUAUCAAUCAAAGUUCUCUGGACUCUAAGAGCGGGACCCCUCCGGUUCCUAGCACAAAUGCUUGUGGUAAGGGUGAUAACAGCUGGCUGAAUGGUAGUUGCCAUUUGCAAGCCUCAGGGCCCAGAGAAGUGAGAGGUGAAAUCCAUGCCAAAAACACAGCGGGGUCCACAGUACCAAGGAGAAGGCUCUCUAGCAUAUGAAGGGAGAUUGGAAGUGUGUGUGAUGAGGGGGGGGUGGAGGUGUUCUGGAAAUAUCAUUUCAGGGUAAGGUCAUUUGAUCAACCCUUAUGUAUCUAUCAGCACACAAGAGAUGCAGGACUCUGCAGACAUGAUGUUGACUUCCUAUUAUUUUUUCUUCCCCCGUUUGUCUAACUGUGAUUCUUAGCUUACCAAGGAUUUGAAAUCAGAAGUCAAAAGCUCAGCCUGAGGUAGAAUUGUAAUCCUGGGCUAAGGGAAAACCUAGUUAGCUUCUAUAAUGCUCUAUUAGACCAGUGGUAGCUAACAUAUUUUCUUUCUUUUUCCCGUGGAGGGUUAUUGUAACCUGAAGGCCAUGGUGAAGCAAGUGGGAGAGACAGGGAAUUCCAAAGGUUUCGGGAGAGUGGGAAUUCCAUGGUUUUGCCUUGAGGCCUCCCUUUGCUUCCUGGGUUUUCCUUUGGUCUCUUUCUCUUUUUCUGAAUUUCUUUUUUCUUUCUCUCUCUCUUCCCUUUUGCUAAACAUUUUGGCCCCAGGUUCAAAUGGCUUCCUUGACUUGCGAAAGACUUUUAAAAUUAGGAUGAAAGCUACAUUCAAUAAGGCUAAUGUCUGUUUAUGGUCUGGUAGCCAUGGUUGUUCAUCCUUGUACUUGAUCAUGGUUAAGAGAAAGAGUCCUUGGGCCCAUACAUUUUAUUAAGGACAAUAUGUGAUUUCAGCCAUUGUAAUUGUGGCUUAAUGUGGUGUGUAUACCAGCUAUUGUGGUCUGCAAACCAUGGUUUAUGGCAUAGCAGAAUGUGAAACAUGCAUUCACCUGUUGUAAAUAAGACUAUUUUCAUUAAAAAAAAAUAGGUACAUAAAGACUAUUUAAACAACAUGCAAAUGGUACUUCAACAAACCACAAUGAGUCCAACCUCUGUUUUGUGUGACACAUAAACCAGAUUAAUGAAAGAGGAAUUUAUGUUGGAGCAGGGGAAGAAAUCAUGUAGCUGGAUUUUAUUUUAUGAAACGAUUGUUAUAAUGAAAUUGGAAAUUGAAUCCUAACAGCAGGCAAUUUUGACUCAGGUGCAACAGUGAUUACAAAGUAUGAUGAUAUGAUAGUUUUGCUGCUGCAUUGAUGUUGGCUUGGACCUUCCUACAGCAUUGAGCAGAACUUCAGCAGUGACUCCAUCCUUAGGUGUAUCUGCAAAUCAAAAUGUUAUCAAAGUAAUGAAAUGUAUAUAAUGUAAAUUGACUUGUUAUGUACUUGCACAUGAAAUUGUGCUGUGAGGGCAAAAGAAUAACAUGUUUUUGUGGUGUUACAUUGCAUGUUUCUUCCAUGCACCCUCCUUGCCCUACCCCUCCCUAUACAUUAUGGAGUUAAGUACAAGUAUUUCAUGAAUUCAAGUAAGCUUAGCACUCCUUUGGAUUGAGAGUCCUGAAGAUAAAUACUAUGUCUAAGCAAGGAAGAGAUCUCUUGAAUUCUGAAAUGAGCAGAGAAAUGAUGUGUUCUCACUCCUGCGUACAAAUAAGCAAGGGUGCUUUUAAAGUUGUAAUGGGACUGUGUUUCAAGCACAAGCUUUAAAGGCUGUCUUUCCAAAGAUCUGAAUGAAUUGCACCAUAAGCAACAUUGUUUUCUGCUUCUUUCCACUGUGAUGUAGUCUCGGAGUUGCACGGAUAUUAUUCUUGAAUUUUCAUUGUUGUGCAUAAAAAUCAGGAGGAUUCAGGAGGUAUUGAAUGUAUCUUUCAUGCAAUUAAAACAGGAAAUUAUUGCUGAUCUAAUCCAUAUUAUGUCAUUCCGUAAUAUAAGAAGUGAUUGGAAAGUAGCUGCAGAUAACAUGUACUAAAAUACUUAAGACAAUUUUCUUGACAAAUUUAUAUUAAUAUGGCUGGAAUUGUGUAUUAACAGAUGGAUAUCUCCUUUAGCCCUAAUAUAUCUAACAAGAGGGUGAACUAA